GAUGAGCAUGAAUUUAUAUGGGAGGAUUACUUACAAGCAACGGGAACUACUGCUGUACCGCCAACUGCUUUUAAACAUGUAAGUUUGCAACAGGGUAUGACAUUAGAAAUUCAGGAUUUAGCUCAACCAAACCUCCUGUGGUUAGUUAAAAUAAUAGAGAAUGUUGGUGGAAGAUUGUAUUUAAGAUAUGUAGGUGUAGAAUCUGGUACCAUGGAUUUCUGGUUAUUUUAUUUAGAUGUUAGAUUGCAUCCUAUUGGUUGGUGCAAAGAAAGAAAUUACACUUAUAAACCUCCUAAGUGUAAGUAA